AUGAGCCAGCAACACAAGCCCGGCGGCCAACGUGUCCGUCCUCAAUCGACCCAAGACCGUCCCCAAGCCCGCAUUGAUACGCCGAAGGAGGCCAGUCCAGGUACGCGGGGCAAUGAAGAGGCCAUGCUGGCUGGAGUCGGUACACAAUUCGACUUGAGAGACAUUGGAAGCCGCGGAGCCGACAUUUUGAAGGAGGUUUUCGACUCGACCGACCGGCAUGACCCUCUUAUCGACGUUGCGUCACUUGCCCUUCUUCAUCAACAGCCUAGUCAAUCGCACGAGAAAGAGACGAUGAACCGAUGGUUGUCAUCUCCAGACGACUUCGUGCAAUACAAGCGCAGCAGCAUAAUCUGGCGGCGCUGCCACUCUCACAUUGAAGCGGCAGAAAGUGUUAUCGGAGAUGGUGACAAAAGGCAGCUCGCAGUCGAGUGGGAAAGACCAACAGCAGGGGUACGCUGCGUCAGGGUUCGUCGUGUCGUGGAAGGUGCCGGCAACCAGUUCGAGCAAAGAGUCGCGAGUGAAAGCGGUGACGGUCAAGCGGCCUCGAAGCAAUAUCCUCGAUCUCUCGAAAACAAGAACGCGCCGUAUUCUGAUCCAACGGGGUCAAGUUCACUGUUGCUUCUCGAGUCGAAAAUUCGCCGCGCCAAGAGUCAAGUCCCCGAGACUCAAGGAGAGCCAUCAAAGCGGCCAGUCGCGUUGCAGAGGUGGUUAUCGCAGAACCAAGACUUUCCAGAAUACUGGCACAGCCAUGGGGGGUCGGAGGAGCAAAGUAUUGUGAGGAGCGUUGAAGAUAGGGAGAAAGAAGACGAGGAGAGACAAAGGCGACAUAAAGAGCUGAGCGAGUACCCACAGGGACCUGAUAAUUGA